GCCGGGAGGGCGGGAUUGCUGCCCGUGGUCUCCGCUAGCACCGAGGGGCUCCUGUGCUGCCUCUGUGCGCGGGAAGCAGCGCCAAGUUCACUCGCCAAAGCCAAGGUACCAGGGACGAGAAUGGCCACAGGUGCCCCCAAUGGUUGCCGCUCGAACCUGGACCCCAGGUACUACAGGCUCUGCGAUAAGGAGGCAGCCUGGGGUAUCGUCUUAGAGGCCUUGGCGUCGGUGGGCGCUGUGACCUCGGUGGCCUUCAUGAUCGCCCUCCUGGUUUUCAUCUGCAAGGUCCAGGACUCCAACAGGCGCAAAGUGCUCCCCACCCAGUUCCUCUUUCUCCUGGGUGUGCUGGGCAUCUUCGGCCUCCCCUUCGCCUUCAUCAUCAGCCUUGACGGCAGCACGGGGCCCACACGCUUCUUCCUCUUCGGCAUCCUCUUUGCCCUCUGCUUCUCUUGCCUCCUGGUUCACGCCUUCAACCUGACGAAGCUGGUCCAAGGGAGGCAGCCCCUCUCCAUGCUGGCGAUGCUGGGCCUGGCCCUGGGCUUCAGUCUGGUGCAGGAUGUCAUCGCCAUCGAGUAUGUGGUCCUCACCAUGAACAGGACCAACGUCAACAUCUUCUCCGAGCUUUCUCCUCCUCGGCGCAACGAGGACUUUGUCAUGCUGCUCAUCUACGUCUUCUUCCUGAUGAUGCUGACCUUCUUCACGGCCUCUUUCACCUUUCGGGGAUCCUUCACUGGCUGGAAGAGACACGGGGCCCACAUCUACCUCACUAUGUUCCUCUCCCUUGCCAUCUGGGUGACGUGGAUCACCCUGCUCUUUGUUCCUACCCCCGGCCCCCAGUGGGAUGACACCAUCCUCAGUUCAGCCUUGGUGGCCAAUGGCUGGGUUUUCCUGUUGGCUUAUGUCGCACCCGAGCUGCAGCUGCUCACAAAGCAACGAAACCCCAUGGAUUACCCUGUGGAGGAUGCUUUCUGUAAACCCCAGCUCAUGAAACAGAACUAUGGUGUGGAGAACAUAGCUUAUUCUCAAGAGGGAAUCACUCAAGGUACUGAAGAGACAGGUGACACGUUCUAUGCCCCGUACUCCACCCAUUUCCAGCUGCAGAAUCGGAACUCCCCAAAGGAUUUCUCCAUUCCGCGGGCCCAGUCUCGGGUUAGCCCUUACAGUGACUAUGAAGGAAGGAAAGAUGUCAGUUAACACGUCCCAAAGGGUGGGAUGAACACAGCAAGUCAGCAGAGCCAGCGGGGAGUUCAUGGGACGUGGGCUGAGUCCUGAGUCUUCCCAGGAAGCUGUACGGAACAUCACAGGAAGACCUCGCCUCCCUGCAGCCUUCAGCCACGAUUCUUCUGUUCUGGGGUUAAUGAGGGCCGCCGGGACCAGCAGUCCUCAGUAGCACUGUAGUUGUUUCCUUUGUCCCAUAGUUAGGCUGCUUCUCUCGAGUGGGAGUCUCGGGCAACUCAGGGUGGCCCUUAACCAUCCCUGCCAUCUUACACAUGACUCAGGCUCUGGUCAUCUGACCACACACUGGCUCAUUCAGCCUCAGAAGCCAACUUUUUUCCAACUGUGGGCUGAUUCUGUGAGAAUCGCUUGGCUCAGAGCAGAGCUGCCUAUCUGAGCAAACCAGCAAAGGCCCGUCUCUCAGAUCACCCCGCCCACAUCUACACUGGAAGCCAACUUACCCACACCUCCCUGCAUGCCCGGAUGGCAGGCGCUAAAAGUCACCCGAAAUUUGCUAACCUCUGUGAUGCUGCCUAACCAGGGUCCCCAGUGCCAAUUCACUCCCAGACUCACCGUUGGUCCCCAGACUCACCUCCCUGCCCCCUGUGCUUCACCGGGAGAUCUCCCUCCAGCCCUCACCAGCAUGGACAAGCCCAGUUUCUCUCUGCCAGGAGAAUGUGGGCACUGGGUUGCUCUAAGUUCUGCUCAGUGCUCUAAGCACUGAUUCUUCUCCCAUCCCCUCGCUCCUCAGACCGUGUUCACCCCCCGCGUUCUGGAAGUGGGUAUUGUCCACUCGGGGGAGCGUGCCUUGUAAAAUAAGUUACUCACUGUUCUUCACUGGAGAUGCAAUAAAGGUGUGGUGGCAGC